AUGGGUUUGAAUGUAAAGGAUAUUCAACUUUAUUUGUUUAAAGUGAUCCAUGAUUCAACCAAGUCUAGUUACACAUUUAUACAAAGUCAUCUAAUAAUUUCAAGUGCCUUGUUGGUUUUUUUCAGUCUAUAUAUAUUCCUUUCUUAUAUUUAUAACUUCUUGGUUUACAUGUCUCCUUUCUUUCUGUGUGGUAUUAUUUUUAUAAAAAUAUUUUGGAGUUCUGAGAAAACUCAACUCAAGUAUGUUAAAAUCAAGGAUGAGAAAGAAGAGCAGAAGAAGGUUGAAGAAAAAUGUCCAAAGGUACCAAAAUAUAAGAAACUAGAUAUACUUCAUAAGUAUCCAUCACAAAAUGCCACGAGUCGAAGGAUAAACUUCAAUGAUAAGAAUUGGGAUGUGUAUGGUGGUUUAGAUGAAAAGGCCAAAGAUUUGUCAACAAUAUUUUAUAAUAAGUUCACCAAAAGAAACAUGGAGAACAAAUGGGGCAAAUAUUUUGAGAAGGGAGAAAGCUCGUUAGAAAAUAGGUUGUUUGCAAAAAAAACUCAAGUUCAAAAGAGGCAAAACUUAAGAUCUGAACCUUCAAUGAUUGAUUUGGUGGAAUAUGGUGAUUUAGAGAUAGAGAAAAAGAUAGAGGAUGGAGAUGACGAGGAAGAAACACAAGAGGAUAGGAAUAAAGCUAUAGAAUGGACAGAAGAUGAUCAGAAGAACCUAAUGUAUCUUGGAAUUUCAGAAAUGGAGAGAAAUAAAAGGCUAGAGAGCGUCAUAGCUAGAAGAAAAGAAAAAAAGUUAUUUAAAGGGAAACUUGAGAAAGGUCUAAAUGAUAAAAAACCAAUUGCACCAUUGUUUAUCAAAAGAAACAAUCGCUUAAGUUCUUCAAAAGAGGUUGAUGAUGGUUUAGAAGUGCCAGGUUCUGCCCCUUCUCUCAUACCAAGAAGUCCUUAUAGCAUUCCUUAUGAUCAUUCUGAAGAAAAGUUUAACCUCAUAAAAGAUAGUUUUCCCCAAGAAUUCUCUAGUCAAAACAACAUGUCAUUAUGUAGGCAUGAAAGUUUCAGUUUAGAGCACCCUUUCACAUCGGAAACCAAACAAGAUCACGGUGCUAGAGAGCAUUAUUUCCAUAAUAGAGGAAAGAAGUAUUCUGAUACAAUUACAUAUUCAAGAUUUAGAAGAAGUCAUACAGAUAAGGGAACUCAUGAUUGGCUAAUCGACCAAUUGAUUUACAAUGAAAGUGACGAAAGUAGCAAAAGUGGAGAAAAUGGAUUGCAAACAUCAAAUCCAUUAACAAAGGGAGAAGAAUCAACACAUAAAGAAGAUGGGAAACAUAAUAUUGAUAUGAAUGACAUGAAAGGUGAGAAAGUGGAGUGUGAAACAAAAGAUAUGUCAAAUCAAACAAGUGAAGCACAACCAGAGAAAUCAGGACAAUGGCCUAAGUUUCCCAAGUCUCAUGGGAGGGUUUUCAAUUUACCAUUAUCUACUAAUAACACUAGUGCUACUAGUAGUAAUAUAAAUGAAGUUAUGUAUGAGAAUAUCACAUCAGUAGUUGAUAAAAGACAAGAAAAUAUGUUUUUAAUCAAUGGGAGACUUUGUCACACCCCAACACAUUCUGUGGCUUCUGACUUACAAGUAGAGGUUUCUGAAAUUGGUUCACCAACAUCAACUGUCGGUGAGAAUGCUGAGAUUAAUUCUUCCAUUGAUAGAGACUCAAUAGUAUAUGAUGGGGACAUUGAUAGAGACAUUAGUUCUGGUAGUGAAGAGUUGUGGGGAGCCUCUUACCAUGGAGUAAAAGAAGUAGAAGGAGUUAAAAAUGAAGAGAAUGAUGUAGAAGUGAACAAUUCUUCAAAGGGUGUUGUUUCACCUUUUGAUACAUGCUAUAUAGAUGGAGAAAACACAACUGAUAUAUGCUCAUCAUCCUCAAAAUAUGAUGUGCCUGAAAAUACUCCAACUCAUGCAACAAACUAUCAUCAUAAUAUAUUUGACUAUUUGAAACAUCCUAUGGGGGAAAAUGAAGCAUCGCAAUCUUCCAAUUCUUCUCAUGCUCUAGAUCAAUUUCCAAAUGAAACACAAUCAGAAAACCUAAAGGAACGAUACAACAUCACAGAGAAUGUCACAAAUGAGACAAGAUUUAUCAAUGACAUGAAUAACUUAGCAACCAUCGAUCAAGAUAACGUAGAAAACUCAAGAAAUAGUGAAGAUCUUGACACAUCAGUAAUGCGACAAGAAUCAGUUGAUGAUGCCUCCAUUUACUCAGUUUCAUCAUCACCAAGGUCUGUGUUACCAGAGAAAACAAUGGGAGAUGAAACUUCAUUUUCAAAUUUUGAUCAACACAUGCAUUUAGAUGGUCAACAAUCUAUUGGGGAAGGUUUAACCCAAGAAAGUUUAGAUAGUGAAAAUGCACCUAACAUCGUGCCUCAUGCUAGACAGUCAAUCAUAGAAGAUAUAAUAGAUGAAACUUCAUUGUCAAAUUUUGAUCAACAUAUGCAUGUAGAGCCUCAACUAUCUAUAGUGGAUGGUAUGAUCCAAGAAAGCUCAAACAAUGAAAGUUCACAUGAUAUCAUGCCUCAAACAAUGCAACCAAUGAGGGAUGAUUUAAUAGAUGAAAUUUCAUCAUCAAAUUUUGAUCAACACAUGCGAAUAGAGCCUCAACAAUCUAUUGUGGAUGGUGUAAAUGAAGAAAGCUCAAACAACGAAGGUCCACAUGAUGUCAUGUCUCAAUCAAUGCAACCAAUGAUGGAUGGUUUAGUAAAUGACAUUUUAUUGUCAAAUUUUGAUCGACUCAUGCUUACAGAACCUCAACAAUCUACAACAGAAUGUGUGAUCCUAGAAACUUCAACCACUGAAAGUCCACCUAACAUUUUUCCUCAUAUCGAUCAACUAAUAAUAGAUGAUACAACUGAUAAAUUACAUAAUGUUAUCUUCAAUCAAUUACAGACUAGUCCUCUAGAGAAUUUUAAUGAAAAAGAUAACAUCUUUGGCAACAUGAACGAUGAAGUUGACAACAAGAAAAAAUACAUUAAGCCAAAGAACAAUGAAGACAAUUUUAAUCACCUAAACAGUCAAGAAGCUACUACACAAUCAACCAACCCAAUAAGUGACACAACAACUCUGGAAGAUAUGAAUGAAAAAUCAAGGAAUUUAGUGGAUCAUAAAGUGUCAUCCACGGAUAUGCUUAAAGAUGAUAAGAAUGACGAACAAUCAAAUAGCAAUAAUGUCCAUGGUGAGUUGUCAAAACAAAGGGUUACCAAGCGAAUGGUUCAAAAUAGAGAAUCGGGUUACUUAUCAGAUGUAUUUGAUUGA